AUGGAAACGAAACGCGUCGUCUUCGUGUCGCUGAAACCGUCGUCGACGGCGAGCGAUGAUCAACACGCGUCGAGGAACGCGCGACGGAAGCGCGCGCUCGGGAUCGAGGAGAGGGCGACGUGGGAGGAGUUUGUGAGCGCGGCGUGCGCGCGGUUGCAAAUCGCGGGCGCGCGGGCGGUGUAUCACGCGAGCACGGGCGAACGCGUGCACGGGAUAGAGGACGUGCAAGACAUUGAAGAUUUAAUCGUCGAGGAGGAUGAGAGCGCGCGGAUGAUGACGAGCGGCGCGACGCCGGGGGUGAGCCCGUUGCGAACGCCGAACGGACGCGCGAACGGGGCGACCGCGCGCGGAACGCCGGGAAGGGAUUACGACGGUGAUUACGACGACGACGAUGGAAAGAGUAAACCGCGAAGGAUGUCGGUGCUGUUGUCGAGCCUCGUACCGGGACUCGGCAGCGCGGUGGGCGACGGGGCGUUGAGGAAACUGGACAGCGCGUUGGACGCGGCGGAGCGCGGCGACGACGACGGCCGAUCGAAGAAUCAUCGCGUGCCGACGCGCAAGCCCGUGGGCGCGCGAAAGACGUUGAAGCGAAAGAAGCGCUUGAAUAGGCGCGCGGCGGCGUUGUUGCUGAUCGUGUUCGUCGGUACGUUGGUGUACGUCUUCGGUCGACGCUUUGAAGACGCGCCGUUCUAA